GAGCGUGGAGAGGAGAGAGGAGUACGCGCAGAGAGCGGACAGCCUGCAGCAGCUCCACACAUACAGAGACAUCAAGGAGGAAAAAAAGGGGCUCGUGAUUUUAAUUUUUUCCUCCCCCAAAAUAGAUGCGCCAUGCCGCUGAAAAAUGGCAACACCGUGGCGGUGGAGAGGCGCGUGGACCUGGCCUCGCUCUUCUGCAUGAUCGGGCGCCAUGGUCCCGCCGUGGCUCUGGCCGUCAUAGCGAUGGUGUCCGUGCUGGCGGCUCUCGUCAUCUACCGGACCGUGAGGGGGAAGCGGAGGAAGGCCACGGCAGAGGCGGCUGCCGCUGACGGCGACGGUAACCGCGAGAGUCCAGCCGGAGUUGAGGGAGACGAGUCGGUGAUCCGGGAAACGCAGGACUCCGUGGAGUCAACAGAUGUGAAUGAUGAAGGCUCAUCAGACGUGAAGCAGGAUGUUCAUCUGAUUCAGAGUGAUCUCAGAAUCAGGCACCGUCGUGCUGCUGCUGCUGAGAAGACCCCUGCACCAUAUUCCCCUCCUGAGAGUGACAUCCGAGUACCAGACAUUGAACCCACCGCUUCAGACGACACAGAGGAAGCGGCAGUUGCGUGGGACUCUCAGCGAGCAGCAGAGACUUAUGCAGAAGAGGCCAAUCAGAACCUGCAGAGUGAUACUUGCACAGAGGCUGAAAUGGUGUUGGAGGAUGCUGUUGAUUGCCAACGUUGUGAGAGCGAUGACGGGAUUAAGGAUGUGUUGGAAGAGUUCCGUGAUAGCUGCUUGAAGGAGCCUGAGCCGAUUAAUGCUGAGAACCACGGGCAGGAAGAUGAGGUGUCAACAGCAGAAUGCCAAGAGGAUGAGGGCGUGACCCCGGAGAAGGAUGUUUUGGACGAGACACCCGGACAAGAAGACAACUUUCAGUGUGCUUUGAACAAUCCGGUGUGCUUCCAACAAUAUAUGAGUGAAAACGGUAAUGAUGAAGGGCUGAGUGAGCAUCAAACCACAAAUAGCGUGGAGUCCAACUUGGAAGAGCCCGUCAUUCAUAUCGAAGGUGUGUCUGUUCCUUGCGUCUGUUAUGGCAAAGAUGAUGACCUUCAGCCAGAGAAUACAGAUAGCACGGAUUUCUGUAGUUAUUCUGGCAAUAUUCGCCUCUCUCCAGAGGGUGAAAGUAGAAAUGAGACUGAUGAGGUGGAAGAGCACGGUUUAGACCACCAGGUAGUCGCUCAUCCUGCUGAGAUCUCGUCGUCGACAUUCCAAAAAGAGUCAAACCUGCCAUCUACACAGCACGAGCAGUGUGACGAUGACACGGACAAGGGGACGUCGCCCAUUCAGGAUACUGACUUGGAUGAAUAUGUUGGUCUAGCAGGUGAAGAAAUUGUACGUGAAGACCACUUGAACAAACUUACAGCUGUCAAAUUUGACGCCCCCUUGGCACAGUUCGAAGAGCAAGACGUGGAGAUUGAACAAAAGGAGGAAAACGGUCCUACAUGUGAUCAAGAGGACAGCGCUCUUUACAAUGGUGCUGAUCAGGCCAAAGAUAAACUGCAGACCGGUGGCAAAGACAUUGUCUGUAGUGAAGAAAGUGGAAGUUCAAGUGAGGCGCUCAGCCCUACUCUGACCUGUUUGAGUGCGCCUGUAAAGGAUGAUAAUCACGAUAGCAGUCUGUCAGGUAUCUCAGGCAUUGCAGAUUCUGCUGAUUUGUCAUUUGAUUGUCAACUCCCACAGAAAGGAGAUAAUACAGCUACAUCUCUCGAUGAAGACCCUAUUUCUAAUAUUCUUGAGCCUAAAAUGUCAUCAUGCGAUAUAGAAAAUGAGCCUGAAAACAACGAAAAUGGCACAGCCGUGGUUUUGGCUGAAGAAUCAGAUGACCAAGUGUAUGACCCUCAGGUUCAAUCUUGCUACGAAGACCAACAAAGCAUCCAAGCGCUAAGAAAUGAAGCUUUUGACGAGGCAAGUGUUGCUGCUGAUCCGGAUAUAGCUGCAAACGUACCUUCUGUAAUAGUUGAGGACAUAUCUUACCCUCACCUGCAAUCUAUUUGCCAAGACCAACAAAUUGAACACGUGGAAAAUAAUGAAACUUCCGACGAGACGAGGGUCGAUUCUGCUCCUGAUGCAGCUACUUGCAAUAAGACUAGCUGCUCUGUACUUUUAAUGUCUGAAGAACUAUCUAAUUCUGACACUCAGUCUUUCUCCCAAGACCAACAAAGUGACCUAACAAAAAAUAAUGAAGAUUUUUCUGAAGUUACUGAUGGCGCUGCUCCCGUCAUGAUUGAGGAUUUAAAUCCUCCCUUGUGUCAUGUUUACCUGCCGUCUUUCGCACAAUUUGCGCUGAUGGAUAAUGAUGUAUCACUUGCUGGUGUUGGUGAAGAAAGUGGGAUUUCAAGCAUGACGGUCAGCCCUGAUGCCGGUAACGAGUUUGACGCGAUCUUUGAAGAAAUGGUUCUUCCGGUGAUGGAUUGUGAACUGAGGUCUGAGGGACAGACGGAGGCCCAAAACAGCUUCUUUGCUGAUGAUGCAGCCAUAUCCGUCAUUGAAAAGGAUACGGCAGGUAUGUUGUUCGGGCCUUACCCAUCGCAUCGCUGGCAGCCACCUUGCAGUGAGCGCACAGCAUGGACUUAUUAUGAAUCAUCCGCAACCAACGAGGACAUGUUUGGCCAUGAGAUUGAGGAUAGUUAUCACAGCGCGAUGGAUCAGUUUGCAGAGCAGAUUGCAUACAGCGUUACUAACUUUAGUGAAAAGCCGUCAGACAUGAAAGUUAAGGUAGAGGUUGUCGAGAGUAAAGAGAAGACAAAUGGAGGAAGUGUUGAAAAGAAAGAGGCUACAAAAGCAGAGAAGGAGAUAGAAGAGGACUUUGAGAAGACUGAAAUCAGUAUCAUGGAGGCAACUAUGGACCAUAAUGAAUGGAUCAUGGAUAGUAACUAUCAAGCCUUUCCCUGGAUGAAUCUUUCCGCCCCAUCUUCUGCCCAAGACGAUACAAAAACCAACCAGCUUCCCUCUGAAGAGUGCCAAUACAGCUCUGCUUCAGCAGACACCACUUGUACGGACACAACAGAUAUCCCACCUUCCGCUGAAGUCAAACAAACCGACACUCUCUCUCUCGUCGACGAAAACACGGAAAAUAACACAAACGUUGUGGCGGUUGAGCCAAUGCCCCAGAAUGUUGACGUGACCUUCUGCAUCCAUUAUUUCACUCAAUCACCAUACCAGACGGUGGCUGUCACAGGAAACCAGCAGGAGCUGGGGAACUGGAAGGGAUUUGUCCCGCUAGAGAGAUCCAACGACGGGCACUGGGCCACGGUGGUCAGCCUACCCGCAGAGAGCCAUGUGGAGUGGAAGUUUGUGGUGGUGGACAAGGGCGAGGUGUGCCGCUGGGAGGAAUGUGGCAACCGCCUCCUCGACACGGGCUCUGGAGACGACCUGCUGGUGAACGAAUGGUGGGGACGCUUGAGAGAGUUACAGAUAACCGGAUUGAACCUUUUUAAGCCCAGACGCCUGGACGUAUCUGGACCUGCAAAUUUCCAACGCCAUGAUCACAAGGAUAAACCAGUCAUCUAAUGGGACUUUACUUAAAGGGUCGCUCUGAAUGCCAGUGAUAACAUUGAUAAUUUAGAGAACUGAAAAGAUUGUCGUCAAAUGACAGCAUCAUUACACAAAACGUCUUCCUUUCUCCCCCCCUGUGGUUGUAUUUAUAAUUAUGCAAAUCGCACCUCUUUAAGAAAAAGGGUGACUCAAUGCAAGUGUUUUAAUUUAUGUAAAUCGAUACUUUACUAUAAUGUACGUAUGCUGCUUCAAUACUCCCCAAAAAUCUAUGAGAAUAAAUGCACAUAGUUCACUUUUACUACAGCAAUAAUCAAAGCAAUAAUUGUAUAUUGUACACUGUAUGACUGGUGCAGGUAUUCUAAUGUGUUUACAACUAAACUGUGAUAUAGUUGUAACUUUGAUGCUGCUUUUAUCUCAUGGGACUGUGUGCAUGCAAUACUGUCCCAUUGUUGUUCUAUGAAUGUGCCUUUUAAACUUGUUUCAAUUGUUUUAUAAUACAUCAACACAAUUCUCUCUUCUUUUUUUUUUAAACAGCUUUGCUGGCCAUCAUCUUUUAUGUUUCAAUGCAACUUUUAUUAAGUUUCUUACAGUAUGUUGGUUAGUUUCUCACUUUUUUUUUGUUCAAGUUUCAGUUCUUAAUCAGUGCAGGCUAUUGGUCUCUAUAACUCAGAUCAUGGCAGAGAUUCUUGUUAUGCAAUACUGUGAAGAUGAUGCUACUCUUUAAUGUCAAAUGAGGUGGAGUUGGUUACCAAAUAAAGAAAUCUUCCAAGUC